UUUUCAGCAUGAGAAGUAGCAGCCGCAACGACCGCAGGAACACAGCGACGCGUCCACCUCCUAGACGACACAAACCGAAGUUGAUUCGUAAAAACAAGCAUUAUAGUACUAUCUUUGGGUCCACCUGAUGCUUGCCGGUAUUGUUGCUACUCCUUAGACGGUUCGGAGCUUCAAUUAACGCAAGAAGAAACGACAAGACGGGGAAAAAAAAAAAAAAAAUGCGCGUCCAGUAAUGCGCCGUCGAUUCCGCGGCUGGUAAACUAAUUUGCUCAAUAAUACAACAUUAAAAAAAAGCAGACGAGAAAAGUGCACAUAAGUUGCUUUUAACUGUAGUUAGGGUAGUUCCGUUGUUACUUCUGACGCAGAAAUACUGGUGGUGUGUGAGAACCUUUCGCUAGCGUGAUAUAAAAUUUGUUCAGGCAACCGGGGUAACCGUCAUGGCCGCGCUCUAAGUCAAAAAUUCUUGUCUACAUCGCUUCAUGGCCUUGCUAGCCUUGCACCAGGCGGUGUCAGGCGUGAUGUGAAUGCCAACGAGUCGCAGCGGCGUGAAAUAUUGUAAACGGAACUUAAUGGAACCGAGAUGAGUGGCAGCUGGCGGAGGGUCGUGCCGACACCGCGCAUCCUCACCCUCUUCCUGGUACUGGUUGGCUUUGCGCUGGUGCUGUUCAUCUAUCUGCCACGAUCGUUUGAGGAACGCUUGGUUCGAUCACCACGCCGAAGAAUUCCAGUGCUGCUAGCCUACGAAGGCGAAGCUGAAGUGCAUACAUUUUUCUGCGACACGCACACGACGCAGUGCCCACGCAUCGAUUUCACGCCAGCUUCUGGAUGGCAGGGAGGAAUCCCAGGCGUGCCCGACCUGCACCUGCUUUCGGCACACUACGACACCCGGGUGUGGGUGCAUGGCGGGAAGAAUCGGCACUAUGUCAGGCUCCUUGGUGUCAUCAAAUCAGAGGACGCAGACUCUCUUCGCUUCUUCUGCCAGAUGUGGUACCAGGAGCUCCCACAUCCUAUCGUGGUUGAGUCCGAUCGCACUGAGAUAUGGGUUCCAGCAUGGGAUGGGCACACAUCACCUGGCCGCUACUACCGGCCUUUCAUCUUCUCCUGUCCCGUGCCAUUCAAUGUCUCUAGUCCUCUCGGCAGCGGUCCGGCCAAUGUGUCACUUGUUGCCGAGCCGUGUGCCUGCCCACCCAAUUCUUUGGCUCUUCCAAAAACUCCCGAAAAGGACCCAAAACGUGGCAUUGCAGUGUGUGUUAAGGGACUGGACUUUCCAGAAGACAUCUCUGCCAGACUGGUAGAAUGGCUCGAGCUCCAGUUCCUCCUAGGUGCUGACACUGUGUUCUUCUACAUCUUUCAGGUCCAUCCUAAGGUUGACCUUAUCUUACGCUACUACCGCCGGUUUCGUCGGGUCCAAUUCGAAAGAAUCCAGCUGCCAGGUUUGGAUGAGCCACAUAUUCCAGCCAAGCGGAGGCACUACCUUGCCAACAACACGUGGCAGAAGCGCCGGCAUGAACUGGUCCCUUACAACGACUGCUAUUACCGGCACAUCCCAACCCACGAGUUUGUCCUGCUUGUUGACAUCGAUGAAGUUGUCCUGCCACGCCGACACACAACGUGGCAGCAGUUGCUUGACGACAUCGUCUCUGCAUCACCCAACAUGCUGGCAACAUACGCCUCCUUGGCAGUGCCCAAUGUCUACUUUUUUGACCACUUCGAGCGUGAAAAGAGCUGGUCUUGGUUCCUGAGCCGUGUUACAAGGUCAGCCAACUUCACACGACCAGGGUUUGCGGUGAAGAGUUUCUUCACCACAAACUCUUCCCUGGCCGUGUUUAAUCACUACACCCUGGUCCCACUCUAUGGGAAGCUCCAGCGAACUGUCCUCUUGAACAAGAAGGAUGUUCAGUUAAACCACUACAGGGCUAAGUGCCCAUUUGAAAUGGAAGUCCUCUGUAAGGAUGACUAUUUCCGUUUUACUGUGAAGGACAAGAUGUUGUGGAAGCUGGAGAGCAAGUUUAUGAGUAAAGUGCGGGAAACAAAGGAAGGUCUGAGAACAAAGUUUCUUGUUCAUGUUGGAAAAGAGGGCACAAGGUGAUGCCAUUGAAAGUUACUGGUUAGCCUAACUUCUGCAAUUCAGAAGUGGUGUAAUUAAGAAUUUGACAAAAAGCUGGGCACUAACCAAGUCAAAUUAUACUAUCGACGCUUCUAGUGGUGGGAAAGCCAUUUUACUUUCUGGCACAGGUCUUGGUGCAUGCAAAAAUCUGAUGUUGAGCAACGAUAAUCAUCUUGGUAGAGUGUUCAAAAUGCACCUAUAUACCAGAUAUCAUCUCAAUUUUUACCAAAAUAGUCAAUAGAUAUAGCGGAGCCAACUUUAGGCGCAUCGCAGAGGCAUUCGGACUGAAAAUUGCUGAAGCAGUUUCAAUAUUUUCAAUAGAAUGGCUUCCCAUGUGCGUCUAUUGCAUUGUAACCCUGCUUCUACGAUUUAGACUUGCAUAAGGUGUUGCAUAUUCAGCACGCUUCAAGAUGAUGCCCAAGUACACAUGCAACCAAACCAAAGUUACAGUGAAGACUUCUACAGGUUCUUAGCAUAUAUCUAUGGGGUGUCCCAGCUAACAUUAGCCAAGGUGUUAACUAAAAGAACAAAAAAGUAUGGUGGAAGAUACGCUUAUAAGACCUAUGGUGUUACGAUCGUAUCUUGCACCGUGCUCCUUCUAUCUCUCUCUCUCUUGUAACAGCUUGGCUAACGUUAGCUGACACACCAAGUAUAGCUGUGCCAUGGAACAUGCCAUGCUGGUAGGAGGAAUACCAAUGUGCAACAUAUACAAAAAGACCGCACAGCACCAGUACAUUCGAACAAAAGCAAGAAAACUGCGAGUGGAGAACCGACGGCGUUGGCCGCUCCACUGACCUCCAGAUGAUAAUGAUGGCCGACGAUGGCAUGCUUUACGUUUUGGUUUCAGUUUUACUGCCAAGGCAGCAUCAAGGGAAGGGGACUCUCAUUCUUAUGCUUCACUUGGUGCAAUUUUCUGUUAAAAUGGCGUUUUGGAGAAGGAAGGCCCAAAUUACCGCUCUUGACGUAACAGGUGCAGCGGUUCCACCAGUGCAUUUCCCACUUCCAUAGAAAACCCUUGUUCACAAGAUAGCAAGCAAAAGUUCUGCACAGAACCUGAAACAGCAGAAAGAGCCAUUUUGUGCUUUUGUUGUUUCAGUUUCAGUAUUGUACCCAGAUUAGCAAGAUCGUGAACAAAGGUUGCAUGAGAAUUCUGAAACACCUGAGUUAUAAUUUGACUUGGUCGAUGCCCAGGCUUUUUAUUUAAAGGUCAACUGCGAUGAAAUUUUACUUUGGCUAAAUUCAUAAAUAAGUGAGCACUAUAUAAAGCAAUUUUGGUAAAGCUGAA